AUGAGAAUAACUUCAAAACUUGAUUUGGCCUUAUUCACCAUAACAGAUUCUCAUUCAAUUCUCAGCAAAAUGAAGGGCUCCAUUUUUGCUUUAUUUCUAUUCUCUGUCCUACUUGCCUCUUUAGAAGUGAGGAGUGAGAAGGCUCUGAAGCUCUGCGGGCGAGAGUACAUAAGAAGAGUUAUCUACAUAUGUGCUACCUCCAGAUGGAGAAGGCACCUGGAAGGGAUCCCUCUAGUUCAGCAAGAUGAAAGAAGAAACUACUUCCAGCUUCCAAAUGAACAUGAGGUUUCUGAGGAAAACACAGAACAAAACAUUCUGAAGGUGGAUUCCACAGGGGAGGAAAGUCUUCAGCAUGGACAGCCGCCCACUCAAGAGCUUUGGGGGUCAAAGAAACAUUCAGUGAUAUCAAGACGAGACUUACAAACUUUGUGCUGCACUACUGGCUGUUCCAUGGCUGAUCUGAGUGCUCUUUGUUGA